CCGCUCAUUCAUCCUCUCGGACAGGCUCCAUCCUUUGACGGGGAGCAGAAGCAGCAGGGCGGUGGCAAUCGCAAGCCCUCAAUGCUCGGCAUUUGGACGGAAAUCCGCGCGUCAAACCUGGAGAGACAGGACUGCAAGUGAUUGCUAUGUCAGAGAAAAGUUCAGCCGCAAAGAAUACAGCAGACGGAGGUUAUACGGAUCACGAUUCAAAGAUGUCGGAUGAGCACAGAGACACGGAUGACUCGUCGGAAAAAACGCCUAGUAGGAUGUCCAGAUCCCCGCAGAAAUCCUCCAAAAGACCAAAGACUGCACCUGUGAAAGUCACACUGCUUGAUGGAUCUGCCUAUGAGACUGGGGUGGAGAAGCUCUGUAAAGGACAGGUGUUACUGGAUAUGGUGUGUGAACAUCUCAACCUCCUGGAGAAGGACUACUUUGGCCUAACUUUCAGUGACACAGAGAGCCAAAAGAAUUGGCUGGAUCCUUCAAAAGAAAUCAAGAAACAAAUCCGCAUGGGUCCGUGGCAUUUCUCCUUUGCUGUCAAAUUCUACCCUCCAGAUCCAUCUCAGCUGAUUGAAGACAUCACACGGUAUUACCUGUGUCUGCAGCUGAGGGAGGACAUACUGUCAGGUCGUCUGCCCUGCUCGUUCGUCACUCAUGCUCUGCUGGGCUCGUAUGCUGUUCAGGCCGAGCUGGGAGACUAUGACCCAGAGGAACACGGGCCAGACUACAUCAGCGAGUUCCGCUUCGCCCCCAAUCAGACCCGUGAGCUGGAGGAGAGGGUGAUGGAGCUGCACCGCACCUACAGGGGCAUGAGUCCUGCAGAGGCUGAAAUCAACUUCCUGGAGAAUGCUAAGAAACUCUCCAUGUAUGGCGUUGAUCUUCAUCAUGCUAAGGACUCUGAAGGCAUUGACAUCAUGUUGGGGGUGUGUGCCAGUGGCCUCUUGAUCUAUAGAGACCGGCUGCGUAUCAACCGAUUCGCCUGGCCCAAGAUCCUUAAAAUAUCCUACAAGAGAAGCAACUUCUACAUCAAAAUCCGACCUGGAGAGGUAGAGAAAAAGUAUGAGCAGUUUGAGAGCACCAUUGGCUUCAAGCUGCCCAACCACCGUGCCUCUAAGCGCUUGUGGAAAGUCUGCAUUGAACAUCACACAUUUUUCAGGUUGGUCUCUCCUGAGCCUCCUCCCAAAGGCUUUCUUGUGAUUGGCUCAAAAUUCCGCUACAGUGGGCGGACCCAAGCCCAGUCUCGCCAGGCCAGUGCUUUGAUUGACAGGCCAGCUCCUCAAUUUGAACGAUCAAUUAGUAGGAGGUACCUGCUGUCCCGCAGCAUAGAUGGAGAGUCUGCAUUAGGGGACACUUUGGACCGACUCUCCCAGCACACCUCCAGUGAGCCUGUGCAUAGCCUUCCCAGAGAUGAGCUGGACCAGGACUACCUUGAGCCCAGUCUGGAUCAGGAGCUGGACCAAGAUCACGAACAACCUGAAGACCAGCGACUUGAAAGUGACUCCACUCCAUCUAAGACUGUGGAGCUCAAGGUUCGGUGCACACAACAGUGUUUAGAACCAGCUUCAUUUCGUUAUCUAAUAUGUUACUCAAGUAUUCAAUGGGAAAGAGGCAGAUUUAAGUUCAUACCGUCUUUGCGUUAUGUGACAAUAUGUAAAUGUUCUUCUGAGCAGAUUCGAACAACUAGCUGCAAGAAUUCAAAUCAUUGUUUAACUAACUCUCCCCUUGCAGUCCCUUUUGAUUAAAACUGUCUCCCAAUCCAAAACCUUUUCCUACCUUUGCUUUUCUUCUCCUCCUCUGACUUGAUCUUAAAUAUAUUUCAAUGCCUGCCUGUUUUGUUGACAUCUCUUCAGAAUUUAACUUUCCAACCUCUCUACAAAUGUGGCUGUACACUCACCUUCCUCUCCGUUUGCUAAUUUCCUCAGUUUAAUUCAGAUUCUGCACUGUUCUCCCUGCUUCUAACCCUUCACUGCUGUCCUCUAACUAUCGCUUCUUUCUUCAUCUUCUCGUGGACAGAGGGAGGAGGCAGGCUCUCCUGUAGACUCUA